GAAACAUUUUAUUCCAGUCUGGAUUAACUGAAGCCAGUAGAAACAGCACUCUUUCUCUUCAAGCUGCCGAGAUGGCGCUCUUGUCGUUUGUCCGACAGCACACACCUCCAGGAAAGUGUCCUCUUGCAGGAAAUUCUGUUCACGAAGACAAGAAGUUCCUUGACAAAUACAUGCCAGAACUAAUGAGACACCUGCACUAUCGUAUUGUAGAUGUUAGUACCAUCAAAGAACUGUGCAGAAGGUGGUAUCCAGAAGAUUACAAAAUUGGGCCAAAGAAGAAACCAACACACAGAGCGCUGGAAGACAUUAAGGAAAGUAUCAAUGAACUGAAGUAUUACAGGAAAGCCAUCUUUAAGUAAAUAAUUUUCAUACACUUUAUUCCUAUAUAGAUUUUCAUGUAUAGCAAAUGAAAUUUCUUUUCCCAAUUUUUAAAACUCCAAUUUUAUACAAAUAGUAGACAUGUUAUAUUUAGAAAUAAACCGUACACUUAUGUUCAACUA